GGGGGAGGAGCUUGCAAUAUGGCCCUGCCCACCCUCAAUUACAAACCCCGCCCGUAGUGGUAGCCCUCGAAGACUACAAUUCCCAGGAGAGAGCGCGGCAGCAGCGACAGCGGCGACGGCGCAUGCGUAAGCGACUUCGCCGGCAGAGGCGUCGGGGGCGGAUCCUGCGCGCCGAUUGGUCAGCAUCAAGAGAGCCUUCUGUACUCGCGGAAAACGCGCGCCGGGACCUGCGCCUGCAGUAUUACAUUCUGCGGUUGUUGGCUGUCGCUGAGGCGGCAUGGAUCUCAGCGAGCUGGAGAGGGACAAUACGGGCCGCUGUCGCCUGAGCUCUCGUGUACCCGCCGUGUGCCUCAAGGAGCCGUGCGCCCUGGGCGUGGAUGAAGCGGGCCGGGGCCCUGUGCUUGGCCCCAUGGUCUAUGCUAUUUGUUACUGCCCCCUGUCCCGCCUGGCAGAUCUGGAGGCCCUGAAAGUGGCAGACUCAAAGACCUUGACGGAGAACGAGAGGGAGAGGCUCUUCGCGAAAAUGGAGGAGGAUGGAGACUUUGUGGGUUGGGCUUUGGAUGUUCUGUCUCCAAACCUGAUCUCUACCAGCAUGCUUGGGCGGGUCAAGUACAACCUCAACUCCCUGUCCCAUGAUACAGCCGCGGGGCUGAUACAGUAUGCGCUGGAUCAGAGUGUGAAUGUCACUCAGGUAUUUGUGGACACUGUAGGAAUGGCAGAGACAUACCAGGCCCGACUACAACAGCGCUUUCCGGGGCUGGAGGUGACAGUCAAGGCGAAAGCAGACUCCCUGUUCCCUGUGGUCAGUGCUGCCAGCAUCUUUGCCAAGGUGGCGCGAGACCAGGCUGUAAAGAACUGGCAGUUCGUGGAGAGUUUACAGGACCUGGACUCGGAUUAUGGCUCAGGCUAUCCCAAUGAUCCCAAAACGAAAGCCUGGUUGAGGAAGCAUGUGGACCCUGUGUUUGGCUUCCCCCAGUUUGUACGGUUCAGUUGGAGCACAGCCCAGGCCAUCCUGGAAAAGGAGGCAGAAAGUGUCACCUGGGAGGACUCGGCAGCCGAGGAGGAUCCUGAGCGACCAGGAAGGAUCACAUCCUACUUCAGCCAGGGCUCUCAGAGCUGCCGCCCUCAGGCCCCCCACAGUGCUCAUAGAAGCCAGAAGAGGGCACCAGAUCCCUGCAACUGCAGUUAGAGAUGGUUUUGAGCAACCUUGUGGGUCUUGACACUUGACAGGCAG